AUGGAGCGCCAUCAUGUUCCCCUGCGCUCACCCCGUCGAGCGAGAACCGAGCGCGAAUCGAGUCCAGAUUCGGCAGCCCGCCAAACAAAACGACCGAGGCUGAGUUCACAGAAUGGAAGCCAAAACUUGGAUUUUCUGUCCACAAUGGACCUCUUUCCUGCAAAUUUGAACAAUUCCUCGAAGCGACGCCUACCCCGCGAGAGCUACACAGUCGGAUUGAUUUCGGCCCUACCCCUCGAGAUGGCAGCAGUGAUGGGAAUGCUUGACGAGAUUCAUGAAGAUUCCGGCAGGCACCAAAGAGAUGAUAAUAAUUAUGUUGUCGGCCGUCUUGCUGGACACAACUGCGUGCUGGCAUGCUUGCCUGUCGGAGUUUAUGGAACAACGUCGGCCACAUCCGUUGCGAGUGGGAUGCGGUUAACAUUUCCGUCAAUUGAAUUCUGGCUAUUAGUCGGCAUUGGAGGCGGAGUACCCAGCAGUGUCAACGACAUUCGACUCGGGGAUGUUGUCGUCGGUGUGCCGUCGCCCAAGCAUGACGGGGUGGUACAAUAUGACUACGGCAAGACCCUAGCGGAGGGAAAGUUCAUACGCACUGGAUCCAUGAAUAAACCGCCAAUAACCCUCCUGACCGCCAUUUCCAAGCUUCAAGCGGAGACUUGGACCCAGCGACAGGCGUCCAUUUCAGACAUGGUCUCUGAUAUGAUAGCGCGACAUCCCACUAUGAGGUUAAAGUACUCAUACCCUGGACCAGACAGAGAUCUACUAUUCAAUGCGGAGUAUCAGCGUGUGGCAGAACAUGACUGCGCAGGAUGCGAUCUGGAUAAGGCCGUGCAAAGACCCACCCGGGACUCGGACCAUUCAAAAGUGCAUUACGGACCUAUUGCUUCAGGGAAUCAGGUGAUCAGAGACGCUCUUACUAGAGACAGUCUGGCGAAAGAACUGGGCAUCCUGUGUUUUGAGAUGGAAGCUGCGGGACUGGCGAAUUUUCCCUUCCUGAGUAUUCGCGGUAUAUGUGAUUAUGCCGACUCACAUAAGAACAAGCGGUGGCAAGGAUACUCAGCGGCAACAGCAGCAGCCUAUGCAAAAAAACUACUCACCGUGAUAUCGCCAAUGGAUUCAUGUACCCGUUCGACCCCGACUGCGGACGAGUUGCGUACAAAGGGGGAGAAUCUCAUUACGUCUUUGCAUUUCGAUCAACUUCAGUCCCGGCAGAACACUAUCAGGGGAGCCCAUGCCAGAACAUGCAAGUGGCUUUUGCGGCACAAAAUAUACCAGCAAUGGCUCGAUCCAUCCCGGAUACCUGAACAUCAUGGAUUCCUGUGGGUCAAAGGAAAGCCCGGAACAGGAAAGUCAACUAUCAUGAAAUACGUAUUCGAGGAUGCUCGGCGCACUCAUGGGGGAGACGCCACGAUAAUCUCGUUCUUCUUCAAUGCGCGUGGUGAGACAUUGGAACGGUCAACCACUGGCAUGUAUCGCUCCUUACUGUGGCAAAUCCUGACCGCCGUUCCCGAAACGCGGCGUGCACUCGACAACGUUCCCGGCACUGAUAAAAUUGAUUGGAGCGUUGCCAGACUGCAAGACCUGUUUCUCAGUAUCAUACAGAUCUUAGGGGGAAAGCCAUUGAUUGCCUUUAUCGACGCGCUCGAUGAAUGUCAAGAGGAGGAGGUCCGCGAGAUGGUCGAUUUUUUCGUUGAUCUUAGUGUUCUGGCCCGAUCAGUCUCGGAAGCGCUACACAUUUGCUUCUCGAGUCGGCAUUACCCGCAUAUCACAUUUGGCCAAGGGCUGGAAAUGGUACUGGAAGGCCAAGAAGGUCACGACCAGGAUUUAAGGAGCUAUAUAAACAGCAAGCUCGCCGGCAUCAAAGAUCCGCAAAUUAGCGAGGUCAAAAUUCAAAUCUUCGAGAAGGCUUCUGGUAUUUUCUUGUGGGUUGUGCUCGUUGUGCAUAUUCUCAGGAGGGCUUACGAUCAUGGGCGAAUGAAUGCCGUCCGCCAACGGCUCGAGGAGAUACCGCCGAAAUUAUCCGACUUGUUCAAGGACAUCCUGUUGCGAGACAGGGAAAAUAUGGAUGAUCUGUUUAUCUGCUUACAGUGGAUCCUAUUCGCAAAGCGACCUCUAUCACCUCAUGAGCUUUUCCUUGCCAUCCAGGCACAUGAAGAAAGCUUCUUGCCGCUGAAUGCCAUGCAACCAGCCGAAAAUAGUCGGAUGGUAUUCGCAGAACAGUCUAUGCCGACGGAAAAUACCGAACUCGCCUCCCGAGCUUGCGGGCAACGUGUCUACCCUCCCCUUGAUGAUGACGGCCAAAAUCUGGUGAAGAGAUUUCUUCUAAGCGCAUCGAAGGGUUUGGCGGAGAUAACCAAGUCCCGUAAGAGCCCGACUGUUCAAUUUAUUCACGAAUCAGUUCGAGAUUUUCUUCUCAAGGAUGACGGGAUAACCCACCUUAUCAAUGAGAUGGGCAUCGCCCUGGUAUAG